UGCAGCAGCGCCGUGAGCAGAACAGAGAACAAGGAAGCAACAUGUGCUGACCAUAAUAACUCCAACACAUCAGCACGUAGAGCGAGCACGCAGCCACGAUACGAGAGGGAGCCGAGGACACGCACAGACUGCUGGAUAUUCACGGAGAGGACACUAUUCUUUUAUUUAUUCCAUUAUGAAAAGAGAGGUGAAGGCCGGAGUCAGCUUCCUCAAACGCCUGGUUGUGGCACGUGGCAAGCUUGAUGAAGCCAAAGCAGAGUUGUUUGCUGAAAAGCUACAGAAACUUUUAUGUGACAAAUAUGACGAGCACUGGUACCCUGACUGCCCCAGCAAAGGCCAGGCAUACAGAUGCAUUCGGAUAAAUAAUGGAGUGCUCUGUGACGAAGUGGUCCUGAAGGCAUGUGAGGAGAGUGAGCUCGCGCCCGGUGAGCUGGGCCUACCGCUUGAGAUCACGCUGUGGAUCGACCCCCUGGAGGUCUGUGCAAGAUCUGGAGAGAACAGCAGGCCGUUCACAAUAGCCUCUUUCAAAGAGGAAGAGGAAGAGGAGGACGUGGCGGGUGUGAAGGGAGAACAGGAUGACUCCUCCGUGGACUCACUAAACCUUGACACGUCAGAUUACCACUCGGCUACCUCUUCAGAUUGUGGUUCCACCGCAUCGAGUGACACAGAGGAGGAGGCAAAGGAUGGUGAGAUGGAGGGAGAGCAAGAGAAAGAAGAGAAGGAGGUCCUCAAGAAGGAGGUGGCAGAAGGCGACACCUACACAAUAGCAAUGGUGCCCAGGAUUCGGAAGCGACAUGGAGAUGGACCAAAUAAAGUCAAAUACGUCAGAAAUACGCUCCCUGCUAGCCUCCAGUAUUUCUACCAUCCUGCACCAGUUUGGCCUCAGUACAAGAAGGGCGCACCGGUGUUCCUCACCACAGUGUGUGCGCCUCCGGCUCCGCCGCCUCCGCCCCAGCAGGUAUUUGGCUACUACAUCUUGCCGCAGCCGUCUCCGCAGUUCAUCCUGCCUCAGGCCACUCUGCAGCCAUGGGGAGCUGUGAAGGGUUAGACCGUCCUGGAACUGGGAGGUGAAGCAUUAUAAGCUCCUUCAACUGAGCUGUGUCUGUGUUUUCACUGUAUAGCUCAAAGUUCCUCUUCGCACAACCUGUAAUAAUUCCUCUUUCCUUUUGAAUUCUGGUGACUUAUAAUUGAUGCUUGUACUCAGCACAGAGACACCACUUGAGUGAACUUGAAUGAAAACUUUCAUUUCAUUCUCUUAAAAUCUUUCAGGUCUGCACUGCUAAUAUUUUUCACACACUGUACAUGCUAAGAAUGACUUCAGUCACAGGGUGCUUGUUCUAACUCAGGGACUCUCAGCAAUAUGCUCAAUGCCAAAUAGCUUGUCUUUUCAGGUGUUAUUUCUGUUACGUCAGUCUCUGUCAUUUCUCCCACCAGAUGUGGUCCACUGUGUGUACAUCAUAUUUAAUCGAUGUAAAAUGUAAUUCAGGGUUUUAAACUAUUGUAGCUAGAGUGACAAUAUCUGUAUAUUAAGAAGAAUAUUUUUACUAAACUGCUUGUAAAUAAUAGACUUUAAAUACCAGAUAGAAAGGUGCACACUUUCUAAUAUUACUGUCUCACUGUCUUACUAUUGUUGUAAUUUAUUUAGCCACCAGUGGAUGGCACUCAACUCACAGCUAAUACAUGAAAUUGUAUAUUUAUAUUUUUAUUAACAGUUGCUGCUGAAUUUUGCAAAUCUAACUUCACAAAGCUGCUUAAACUGCUGUCAAAAUGCCUAAUUAUGCUCUCUAUUCAGGUGUAAUUUAUGGCCUGCUUAAAGCUUUGUGUGUGUGUGUGUGUGUGUGUUUUAUUGUAAAUAACCUUCCGCUACCGCUGUAUAUCCUGAAUACAAACUUGUUUCACUCACUGAUUCUUAUGUACUGAGAUUAUUUAAUUAUUUGGAUGCAUAUUUAUUGACUGCACACACAAAUUUGAAGCUUAUCUGCCAACUGAAGCAUUGUUUCUCUUGUGUUUCUUGCAUCGGUCAUUUAUUUUAUUUUAUUUUUUACUGAAGCAGAUUAAAUCGACUUAUACCUAUAACUUAAA